CCAAACCUACGGAUUCUCUACUUCUCCACAUAAGUUACAUCUCUCGUGUUUUGUUUUCUUUGUCUCCGAUUUUUCGCGACGAAGAAGAAGACGAGAGAGCUAGAGAGAGAAGUAGAAAAAUCGAAGGAUUCUGUAACCGAUUUUAAGAUCUCAAUUUUAGGGUUGUUGAUUUUUUUUCUGGGUUAAAUUUUUAGGGUUUUCUUUGAAAUCAUGUCGGAUGCGUAUUGUACUGAUUGUAAAAAGGAGACGGAGCUGGUGGUCGAUCACUCAGCCGGAGAUACCCUUUGCUCCGAGUGUGGUUUGGUUUUGGAAUCUCACUCCAUUGAUGAGACCUCUGAGUGGCGUACCUUCGCUAAUGAAUCAUCCAACAGCGAUCCCAAUCGUGUCGGUGGUCCAACCAAUCCGCUUCUCGCCGAUAGUGCUCUCACCACUGUCAUCGCUAAGCCCAAUGGUUCCUCCGGUGAUUUCCUGUCUUCUUCUCUCGGGAGGUGGCAGAAUCGUAACUCCAAUUCCGAUCGUGGUUUGAUUCAAGCGUUUAAAACCAUUGCUACCAUGUCUGAAAGGUUGGGACUUGUUGCGACAAUCAAGGAUCGGGCUAAUGAGAUAUAUAAGAGGCUGGAGGAUCAAAAGACAACCAGGGGAAGAAAUCAGGAUGCACUCUAUGCAGCCUGCCUGUACAUUGCCUGUCGCCAAGAGGACAAGCCACGAACCAUUAAGGAAAUAUGCGUUAUUGCCAAUGGUGCGACAAAGAAGGAAAUUGGCCGAGCAAAAGACUACAUUGUUAAGACAUUGGGACUGGAUCCUGGUCAGUCUGUGGAACUAGGCACAAUACACGCUGGUGAUUUCAUGAGAAGGUUCUGCUCCAACCUUGGAAUGUCUAACCAUGCGGUUAAAGCUGCUCAGGAAGCUGUGCAAAAAUCUGAGGAAUUUGAUAUAAGGAGGAGUCCUAUAUCAAUAGCAGCAGUAGUUAUCUACAUCAUAACCCAGCUUUCUGAUGACAAGAAGACUCUCAAAGAUAUAUCGACAGCGACAGGAGUAGCAGAAGGGACAAUAAGAAAUUCAUACAAAGACUUGUACCCACAUCUGGCAAAGAUAGCACCAAGUUGGUAUGCUAAGGAAGAGGAUCUUAAAAACCUGUCAAGUCCUUGAAGUUGUUUCUUGAUUCUUCUAUAUGCAAUAGAGAACUAUCUAUCUAUCUAUAAAUCUAUAUUGAGGAAGAUACAAAGCAAUUGUUCUCUCUCUAGUAGAGGCUUUUGUUUUUUUUUCAAAUCUUUCUUGGAGUCCUUUGCUAAGAUUCUUGUAAUGGCGUUAAAAACUUGAAAAAAAAGAUUAUUAUUAUUUUUAUAGUAAGAAGGUAUUUCUUUUCUCACU